AUGAAGGUCAAGCUCUCGUCUGGCGUCUCUAUACCCCCUCGAACCAAAACAUCUAGUCAGGUUAAGCUCUCGUCUGGCGUCUCUAUACCCCCUCGAACCAAAACAUCUAGUCAGGUCAAGCUCUCGUCUGGCGUCUCUAUACCCCCUCGAACCAAAACAUCUAGUCAGGUCAAGCUCUCGUCUGGCGUCUCUAUACCCCCUCGAACCAAAACAUCUAGUCAGGUCAAGCUCUCGUCUGGCGUCUCUAUACCCCCUCAAACCAAAACAUCUAGUCAGGUCAAGCUCUCGUCUGGCGUCUCUAUACCCCCUCGAACCAAAACAUCUAGUCAGGUCAAGCUCUCGUCUGGCGUCUCUAUACCCCCUCGAACCAAAACAUCUAGUCAGGUCAAGCUCUCGUCUGGCGUCUCUAUACCCCCUCGAACCAAAACAUCUAGUCAGGUCAAGCUCUCGUCUGGCGUCUCUAUACCCCCUCGAACCAAAACAUCUAGUCAGGUCAAGCUCUCGUCUGGCGUCUCUAUACCCCCUCGAACCAAAACAUCUAGUCAGGUCAAGCUCUCGUCUGGCGUCUCUAUACCCCCUCGAACCAAAACAUCUAGUCAGGUCAAGCUCUCGUCUGGCGUCUCUAUACCCCCUCGAACCAAAACAUCUAGUCAGGUCAAGCUCUCGUCUGGCGUCUCUAUACCCCCUCGAACCAAAACAUCUAGUCAGGUCAAGCUCUCGUCUGGCGUCUCUAUACCCCCUCGAACCAAAACAUCUAGUCAGGUCAAGCUCUCGUCUGGCGUCUCUAUACCCCCUCGAACCAAAACAUCUAGUCAGGUCAAGCUCUCGUCUGGCGUCUCUAUACCCCCUCGAACCAAAACAUCUACAUUGACAUAUGGAGCAGUUGAUUUGUUUCUGCCAAGAUGGCCGGACCGCUUCACACAACAGACUGUCAUCACCUAG